AUGGAUCAAUUUUCACUCAAGGGCAACACUGCCGUUAUUACCGGCGGGGCGCGUGGGUUGGGCUUCGCUUUCGCUGAAGCGCUUGCUGAAGCCGGUGCGAACAUCACCAUUCUGGACAUCGGUACUCCUCAACUCGGCUCCCUGCAGACUCUGGCUAUGAAACACUCCGUAAAACUGGAAGCGUACAAGGUUGACGUUACCUCAAGAGAGCAAGUAAACCAGGUCGUUGAAACCAUCGAAAAAGAGUUUGGCAGUGUGGACGUCAACAUUAACGCCGCUGGUGUGGUUACUGACGAGCCCUUCCUCACUACUUCCGACAAAGAUUUGAGCUCCAUAUUCAAUGCCAAUUUCGUGGGCUCUUUCCUCGUUGCCCAGGCAUGUGCCAAUGCUAUGGUUAGAAAGUGGGAGAAAAUUGACAAGCCGAAACCACAGGAUGCUCCUCUAAUUGGCUCUAUCAUCUUAAUCUCAUCUGUUGCGACGCAUAUCAGCACGAUGGCUCAGCAAAUUAGUUGCUACACCGUAUCCAAGGCGGCAGUUCGUGGCCUUGUAAAGCCCUUUGCCAUGGAGCUGGCACAGUAUGGAAUCCGAGUUGAAAAAACUUUCCCAGACCUUCUGAAGCAGUUCAACCAGGAGUCAAUGUUUGGAAGGGUGGGUGAGCCUGAUGAACUCAAGCCAGCUAUCCUUUAUCUCGCUGCAAGCACUUGGACAACUGGACAGGACCUACUUGUUGAUGGUGGUGUGAGCUCCUGGAAGCACCGAGGCAAUUGGUAG